AUGGACUUCAAAAUAUCAGCAAAGCGGUCUCCUUCAUCAAUCGUAGCAAACAAGGCGGCUGCGGCGCUCCUCCACUUUGCCAUCGAACUAGAGUCUUUAGCAUCAACAGACAAGGGACUUAGCCUCUCCGACAUCGAGCACUAUAGCCUGCGAGCAAACGAGCCGAACAAAUUCCCGGCGGGCUCGUUGGAGCAAGACACAGCCCAACAGCUGGAAAGCAUCGGCCGACGAAUAUGGAACAUCUUUUUGCGCAAACAAAACGCAGCUAUGGGAGCCAAUGAUCAAAUAUGCCAGACUCAGAUUUGCCUACGUGCAAGACUCUUUGGCUAUCUGCUUCUUGGGAUCGGUCUCCUGGGCCGUCCUGAUGCAAACGCCGCUCAGUCGGCAGCAUACCUGAUACGACUUGGUCUCGCCCUGUGCAAAGCCUGCAUCAACAAUGCAGAGUUGGAGUGUGCACGAAUUGCGCUACAGAGAAUUACAGAUUAUCUUCCUUGCACCCCUAGUAGUACCGCGCCAGCAGAAAGUGACGGCAGCAGCCAUGCAGACUAUGCCAGCUACUACAUUUUGCGAAUCGCACUGUCAUGGAAAGACGACCGUCUCGAUCUCGCAGAACACAUGUACACCAAAGCUACACAGCAUACGCCUUUUGUCGACGCUGGCACCCGCACGACACUUGUGCAGAUCCUGACCCAGAUCGGGGAAAGCUUUGUUUCAAAGACCAACAUAGCGGCUGCCGUCCCUUGGCUUCGGCGCGCCGCAGCAGAGGCGUCUGCGCCUUGCAGCUUCCGAGACACAACGGUUGUUGACGCAGAGCUCCGAACGCGUGAACAAGCAAAGCUCGUGGCACUCGGUGUCCUGGUCCGCUGUCUGACCAGGCUGAAUUCGCGCGAGUCACUCGAGGAAGCGAAUAGAAUUGUGGCAGAGGCACAGGUCGAGUUCAGGAAGCGGCGGAUUGAGGUGCUCGAGAUGCUGGUCAUGCUGCAGACGGUAAAGGGGGAAGCCGACGGUGCUCUCACCGACUUGUUGGAGAUUUUGCUGUCGUGA